UCAGUCUUCCGUUUGCAUCAUUUCAACAAAUCUCAUUGUUCUACUUCAACAAGACAAAAAACCUACAAAAUGGCUGCUUCGAUUUCAACAACUUGCUCUUCUGCAGACGUCACUCUUGGUGACUCGUAUACGACGACCAUCACGAGCACUGCCAGCACUGAUACUUGCACUAUUAUGAUGACUGAUACUACUGCGACUGCUGCGACCGCGACUCUGCCGGCGUCUGCUUUGAUGGCUGUGAUGCAGGCAACCACCGCAACGACCGGAGAGCAGCUCACCGAGGAGCAGGCAGCCGCAAUGGUCGACAACGCCGCACUCACCUUCCAGCGCCAGUCUCCCUACCCGGAGGUCCGCACCAUGAACGCCGUCACUCACAAUCUCACCGUGGAGGACUUCUCCAUGGCGCGUCCGCCCGUGGAGCGCGACAACCUCUUCCACGCUGCUCGCCGAGGCGACUACCUCCGCGUUGUCCACUUUGUCGAGAACAUGCACGUCGCUGUCAAUCAGUUUGAUGACUUUGACUGCUCUCCGCUCUACUAUGCUGCCCUCUGCGGCCACGAGAAGAUUAUUGGAUACUUGCAGCGCCGCGGAGCCGUCUCCAUCGACCGCUGCUGGUGGAACUCUCUCAACGGCGCUUGUCGAUCCCUCUUCCGCAACGCUCGCUCCUCGCUGAAUGGCAGCGGCGGCGGCUCGAGCAACACUGCCAAUCGUAGCAGCACCUCGCGCGUGAAGCCUCGCCGAGUGUAUUACAAGACUGUCAUCAACUACCCGUCCACCAAGGCAUUCACGAGCAACCAGUCCAGCGCAAUCAAGAGCGAACGAUGCGAGGCAUUCAUCAACGGUCGGUGGGUUUACUUUGACAGCCAUUGGGAGCGCUCGAAGGCGCUGGAAGCCUGGCGCAAGCAGCUUCGUGAGGAGCGCUUGCUUCGCCGAAUCACCCAGCGUCGCCCGACUCUCGCUCGCGAUGUCAUUGUUGAUCCUCGCAUGUCCGCAUCAGAGGCUAUUCUCUCCCUCGACCUCGAGUCUGGCGCCGAUCCUCGCGAUUUUCUCGACGACGCCAUCACCAUGCGCAUCGAAGAGCGCAACCGCCAAAAGCUCGCUGCUGCCGCGGUCGCCCAGGCUGCACGAAUUGCUCGCAAGGCCGCCAAGAAGGCCGAGCGUGAAGCUGCCGCUCUGAACAAGAGCAAGGCCGGCCAGGAGGAUGACGAUUGGGUGGAGGUGGACGAGGCGGUCGGCAAGUCCAAGCCUCGCGCAGGCAAGGGCCCUGCCAAAGAUUCUCCCGCCGCCGCGGCUGUGACGGUGGCGAAAGCCGAGCGCAAGGGCGACAAGAAGACUGCUUCUGCUUCAGCCUCUACCUCUGCGUCUGCUUCUACCUCUACUUCUGUCCCGUUCUACGCCGCCUUCUGCCAGCUCCAGGCCAUGUUCCCCGGUUUGAGCGCAGACGCCAUUGCCGAGACGCUCAAGUCCGCCAACGGCAACGCUGAAAUCGCCGCUCAGCAGUUGAUUGAUGUGCAAGUUGCAGUCGAGCUGUCGGAGCUCGAAGGCAAUCGAGCUGUUGUAGCAGCAGCAGCCCCUGCGCCUGCGUCUCGAUCUGGCUUCCAGUUGGAUGCUCUGGACUUUCCACCUCUUGGCGGCGCCAAGGCUGCCGGUAAGACCUCCUCUCCCGUGGCCAAGACCAUCACAGCAGCAGCAGUUGCCCCUUCGAACUCUGCCGAUUGGAACGGCAUUAUGGCUGCUUCUGUGGCAUCUCGCGCUGCAGGCCGUACGGUCGAGGACGAUUGCUGGGACGUGGUGUCGUCCGCUUCGACUGGCACCGAGUCCUUUUCGCAAAUCAACACCAACGAUGUCGCCAUGCUGGAAGAUUUGGAUGUGUGGGAGGAUGUCGACGCUGCCGGCGUGACUUCUCCUGCAGCUGCCCUUCGUCCUCUAACCCCUGUCGCACGCGCUCUCGCGGUGCACACGUACGCCGAGAUGGCACUGCGCAACGCCCACAGGGCCUCGGUUCACCUCAAGCCGCACGUGUCCCUCGUUCGGCUCGCUGCUCAGGCUCCAUCUGAUGCCCAGCUCGCAGAAUCGACCAACUGGCUCGAGUACGAUAUGGCCAAGACUCGUGACCAACUCGGUCGUGAAACAAAGACAAACCAUAGCAAGCAAUGGAAGUGGUCGACCUUCGGUGAGCGCAACUUUACCUGCAGCCGCCGGACCAAGUUGCGCCAGCUGGCCAAGUAAAUUUGAUUGCGGUUUUUCGGUGUUAUCAGAAAUUUUUGUUAUUGUAUUUGUAAAUAAUGUCGUGUUUUUUUUUCUUCUUGUAUCAUUUGUUGCGCG